UCACGGUGAAAGACUUGUUGAUGAUGGCGCAAAAUUGGCGCUUAAUUUUUCUUACAUUAUCGUUAUGUAUUUCUACGCUUUACAGCCAGUUGCCGAAGAAAGAAAAAUACUACGCUAUUAAGGAGGAUAUUCCUCGCAUCAAAUGUGAAACAUGUCAAAAGGCGGUUAAGUAUUUAUAUGGCAAAACCCAUGAUAUGCGGACAGCUGAGGGUGGAACAUCGAAAUCGAGAAAGCUUGAAGAAGAUAAAGUAAUCGACCUUGUGGAGAAAUCCUGCAAUCCAGAGAAAGAGGAAGGAAGUUGGAUUUCAAAAAUAGACCUUGUGGAAAAGAAUGGAGAGCUAAGACUUUCUGAGCAGUUUGAUGUUGGAAAAUGCAAAAGAGAAUGUCAGACUGUUUCAAAGGCUUGCGAGGAGUCUAUAGGGGACAUAGACACAGAUCUGGCAGAAUUGCUAUGGAAAGACAGAUUAACUUUAUCAAAAUUGACCAAUGAAGUUUGCUAUUCCAUGUCAAGUGCAUGCAAAGGAAAGAAACUAAAGCUGAAGGCUGGAGAAAGAAAAAUUGAUGAAGAGUUUCAUGUGAUGACUGAAGAUGAAAAGAAAGCAGAUGAAGUUUUAAAACAAAUGAGAGGAAUGCCUGGAAUGCCAGGCAUGGAAAUGUACUCCAGAGAGGACAUAGAAAAGAUGCAAGACCAGCUUGGUGAUCACAGAAAAGAAAAUGUUGAGGGUGAAGAGGUGUUGGACAGUGAAGGAAACCUUUUCCAUGGAGAAGAAGUUAGCUUCCUACAAACAGUUUUGAAUGGACUAUCAUUGCUCUGGUCUUGGUUAAAGAGCCUUUGUGGAUUCCGGAAUAACUCAUCAGGAGAAUGUCUUGUCGAUAUUUGCACGUUGGCAGUAACGAAUUCAUGGUUUAUCGCAUGUGCGUUUUAUACUCAUGUGGCCAUGAAACCGGCUUUGAAAUGGCCGUUACAGAUGGCGCUAAUGGACAAACUAUCCUGGAGAUUACAGAGCACCUUCCUUAUCGGCUUGAUUGGCCUCUCAAGUAAAAUAUUUUUAGAAUGGUUUAACUCAGUCAGAAAGUACAAUUUUGAUAUUUUGGAGAGGAGUGCUAAAGACAGACCAGAUGGGGUUCCAUUAGUUACAGUGUGUAACCAUACAUCUUGUCUUGAUGAUCCAUGUCUAUGGGGACUUGUACAAUUGAAAAGUGUUCUAAACUCAAGCAAACAGAUUCGAUGGACUCUUGGUGCCCAAGAACUUCUAUUUUCAACUCCUUUCCGUACCUUCUUAUUUAGCAGAGCUAAGGCAAUUCCUGUUAUCAGAGGUGAUGGUAUUUUUCAGAAAGGAGUGGAUGUUGCUAUUGAACGGUUGAAUAAAGGAGAAUGGAUUCAUGUUUUUCCUGAAGGUAACCAAUGCAGAGUCACCGUGCUUAUAGGAGAGCCAAUGGAGUUCACGGAGACUGUAGAAGAAUAUCGAAAUGCCAAGAAAACUGCUAUGGAGGCAAGAAAACACAUCACUGAUAAGAUACAAGAGCGGUUUAAGGAGCUCAAGGAGGAGACACAGCUCCUGCACAGCAAAUGGAGAUAACACCUCACCAAAUAUUUUUAUUUUAGAGAUUUAAAAUGUUUUUGGUGCUUGAUUUAUUUGAUCUGAUUCUUAAUUCUCCCCUCUAGCUGCUAUACAUCUCCUUGUUAAUUACUAACGAGAAUUUGGUUGUGAUGUUACUGCCAAAAGGCGAAUCUUUUCGUG